AUGGACGGUCCCGGCAACGCCAGCGUGCCCCGAGGCUUUCUUCUUCAGGGCUUCUCUGAGUUCCCACACCUGAGGCCCGUGCUCUUCUUGCUGCUGCUGGCCGUGCACCUGGCCACCGUGGGCGGGAACCUGCUCAUCCUGGUGGCCGUGGCCUCGGUGCCCAGCCGGCCGCCCAUGCUGCUCUUCCUGUGCCAGCUGUCAGCCAUCGAGCUCUGUUACACGCUGGUGGUGGUGCCCCGCUCCCUGGCCGACCUGGCCGCGCCGGGGCCCCCCGGGGGCAGCCCCAUCUCCUUCCUGGGCUGCGCGCUGCAGAUGCAGAUGUUCGUGGCGCUGGGUGGGGCCGAGUGCUUCCUGCUGGCCACCAUGGCCUACGACCGCUACGUGGCCGUCUGCCACCCGCUGCGCUACGCGGCGGUGGUCACCCCGGGGCUGUGCGCGCGGCUGGCCCUGGCCUGCUGCCUCGGGGGCCUGGCGGUGUCCGUGGGGCUGGCGGGGGCCGUCUUCCACCUGCCCUUCUGCGGCUCCCGCCUGCUGGUGCACUUCUUCUGCGACAUCACGGCGCUGCUGGAGCUGGCCUGCACGCGGAGCUACGCGGACGAGCUGCCCCUGCUGGGCGCCUGCCUGCUGCUGCUGCUGCUGCCCUCGCUGCUCAUCCUGGCCUCCUACGGGGCCAUCGCCGCCGCCCUGCACCGCCUGCGCUGCCCCCGCGGCCGGCGCAAGGCCGCCUCCACCUGCGCCUCGCACCUGGCCGUCACCUGCCUGCACUACGGCUGCGCCACCUUCAUGUACGCGCGCCCCAAGGCCAGCUACUCCCCGCGGCGGGACCGCACGCUGGCGCUGGUCUACACCAACGUCACCCCGCUGCUGUACCCGCUCAUCUACAGCCUGCGCAAUCGCGAGGUCACCGCGGCCAUCCGCAGGGUGCUGGGGCGGGGGCGGCAGGCGCAAGGUCUGCGUGAGCCCUGA